GAGAGAGAGAUUAGAUUCUGGCACGAUGCUGAACGGCUAUCUGCCAGGUGAUUCGAAGAGCUCCCCUGAGGGCAGUGAUGGCUCGUGCAGUUCUCCAGUGGCGACACUGGCUAACCUGGGCAACACGUGCUUCCUCAACAGCGUGCUCUACACUCUCCGCUUUGCUCCCUCGUUCCUCCACAACCUACAUCACCUGGCGCUGGACCUGCAGCAGCAUUCGUCCAGCCUGAAGGUGAAGUCGUCAUCCCUGGGCCGCAAUGUUGGCCUCGGGGGCCUGGGAGUGGGCGGUUCGGGGAAGAGCUGGAGCAGCAAAGAUCUGCCGUCGCUGGGGGGCGGUUCAGGUGGCGGAGUGGGCAGCUCGGCACUGUCGUCCGGCUCCGCCAACUGUGCACCGUUUGGCGUGGGGCCUGCGGACGGUCGGUCCCGCCUGCGGGCGGUGACGGAGCGGCUGCACGACCUGUACUGCAGCAUGCGGCAGGCGGAGCAGCGCGACGGCCCCGAGCCCUUCCAGCCGGAUGUCUUCCUGCAUGCCCUCAGGGAAGUGAACCCGAUCUUCGAGGGCAACCAGCAGCACGACGCGCACGAGCUGCUCGUGUGCCUGCUGGACACGGUGCGCGAGACGUGCCGCCUGCUCGCGCUCCCUGCCCCCCCCACCAAGUCCGGCUGGGGAGUGCGCAAGUCCUGGAAGAAGAAGAGGCCGCAGCCGCCCCAGCAGCAGCAGGGGAAGGCGACGUCGGGGUCCGUGUCCGCACUGCGCGGCAGCUCGCCCAGUCCCGUGCCGGAGAACUCGGCCGCGGAGACGGUCAAUGGAGUAGCCUCGCUGGCAGCUGAAAUACGUGUACUGGUUUUGUUGGACUCGCAGCGCAUGUCUCACCACCACCACCACCACCACCAUCCCACCACCACCACCACCACCAAAACUGAUAAGCCUGGUGGCAUCAGCGAGUGCGUAGAUGGCGAAGGCUGCGAGUCGUCGAGCACUGCCUCGCAACGUGACGCGUCCGGUGACGAAGCAUCGACGGCAGCCAGUUCGCAGUGUUCGGACCUGAAGCAGCAGCAACAGCACCAGAGGUCUACGCCGGGGUACAAUUUCGUCGCAGACGACUUCGAGGGGAUCACCGUGCUGAGGACGACGUGCCUAGAAUGUGAGACAGUCACUGAACGUAAGGAGACGUUCUGCGAUAUCUGCGUGCCCAUAGCCACGGACCAAGACUCGGACGAUGAGAGCUGUCCUGGAACGGCAGGCGUGUACCAGUCGGCGGUGGUCACGAGCGAGCAUCUGCGCGACUUGAACAAGUACUGGUGUGAGCAGUGCCUGCGCUACAACGAGGCGAGACGGCAGGUGCGCUACGAGCGGCUGCCCCGGCUGCUCGUGCUGCAACUCAAGAGGUUCUCCUCCACCUUUGGGUCGAUGGUAUGCGUGUCGAAGGUGAAUGACUACAUGCCGACUCCCCUCACACUCGGCUGCUUCUGUGAGACGUGUUGUCCGUUGGCGGAGGAGAACCGCCCCCACAGCUACCGUCUGUUCGGUGUAAUAAUGCACCUCGGAGCGACUAUUGCCUCUGGUCACUACGUGGCGUACGUCCGGGCGGCAGACCCUUCUCCAGACUACAGGCGUUGCGACAGGCGGAGAGCGGCCUCCCUGGACGGGUGUCUCAGUAGUUCCGGCCCUGGUUCUACAGGGUCGACAAGUAGCAGCAGCAGUGGGGAAAAGAUGGGCAGCAUCUUAAAGUUCUUCCGGCCGCGCUCCUCGGCGUCCGUGGCAGUCUCCUCGUCGAGUGCCUCCGGCCACGGUCCAACCGUCGGUGACACGGGCUCGGCCGGUGGGCCGUGCCGCGGCACAGAGUGCUGCGGCGUGCGGUUGCAGCUGCCGGCGCCCGUGGGUGACACCACUGCCGUGCCGGAUGCGCCGUGGCUCGAGUGCGACGAUGAGACGGUGAGGGUGCUGACCCGGAAGGAGUUCGAGGACGUUCUCGGCCCCAAGCAGUCGAAGACUUCAUCCCUCACACCGUAUCUACUCUUCUACGUCCGGGUGUAG